AGUGCUUCAUAUGCAAAGAGGAAUACAGGAAGAAUAUAACACUACUAAUUAUGAAGAUUUAUAUGCAAAUAGAGCUUUUAUUGAUCUGGAGCGAAGGCAAGCAGAGGCAGUUGCAGCUUCGAAUCGAAAUGGUCGUAGACUAAUACGGCGUCAUAGUACUACUGCUGCCGAUCGCAUGAUCAACAAGCGGCUAAUAUCAGAACCAACUGAACCGGUUUAUGGCCAAGAAGAAAUAUACGAAAGAACUUUUGAUCAUUUUAUGUUACAUAAUCAGCUUAAAGCCCCAAAUUCAGAUAUUAUGACAAGAAGACAUUUAUAUAUCGCUUCACCAAAUGAAAGCAUAGAACCGGUUGACCAAUCACACAGAGAAGUACAAAGUCGAAUUAAUCGAAAUUACUUGAACCAUUGUAAACCAAAGCGCGAUGACAAGUCAGAUCGUGAAUCCAUUUACCAAAGUAGACGGGAAGUCCAGGAGGGUGCGUUAAAGACACGUGCUCAGUUGAGAGAACAAAUUUACCAAACUCGAAGGGAAGCCUUAGAUAGCAUGGCUGAACCCAUAUAUGUGUCAAGGAAGAAGGGUGCUGGUCGACCGGAGCCCAUCUACGAAUCGAAAGAAGAAAACGUUUUACAAUCUAAUGAAAAUGAGACUGAUGAGAAAAAGGAAGAGAAGACAGAAAGUACUGCUUACGAAAUUAAUCAGAGUGAGGGUAGUUUAAGUCAAUCGGAUCUACAAAAGUCAUCCGAUACAGUCAUAGCAAAUACAUUAACACAAUCCGAAAACUUACAAAUAGGCAAAGCGCCACUUGUUCAGGGUGAGGAUGUAUAUGAUGACUUGGAAGAUGGCGAUGACGAAGGUGAAAAAAACACAUCAACCUUCUAAUUUCUCUGACAAAAACAAUGAUAUUGCAUUGCAAACUUUAUUUAUAGAAGGACCACCGAUUAAACCUUUGGAUCCACAAAAGCCAACACAAAUCAGCAACAAUCGCUUUCCGCGCGUAUCAUUCCAUAUUUCAAACAUUCUAAAGCAUACUGGCCCUCCACUCAACACUGCAAAAGCCGAAAGUAGCACAUCUCUCGAAACCCAGUACACAUCUCAAGGCAGUUUACCUGUUGGUCCGCCCAAAGCAAGUAGUACACCAUACACUAGUAAUAUGUCCUUGCCAAUUGCCGGCCCAGUAUCCUUGUCUACGCCAGCUGCUGCUGGCGUUUCGCCCACAGAAACAUUUCCAUCCAAUCCUCGAGAGCCAGCCACCACUCGUGGAAUUUUCGAUUCAAACGGAGGAACAUUAGCUGAUAAUGUUUGGAAUGUUUCACUGCAGAUACCACCAGGUGCCAUACCAAGUGGCGUGAGUCAGGAGAUAUAUUUUACAGUCAGUGAUCCACGCUUGGGAGAAGCAGUUGACGGACCGCCGUUGGAUAUGGAAAACGGUUUGUUUUAUCACAUACAUAAUUACACUCUCAUUACCUUCUAGGUUUAAUAUAAAGUAAAUUAAGUCACUUGUGUCGCAUACACAUACCUUUUUUAAUGAAUGCCAUUUUAUUUGCCUUGUUUUGCA